AUGAAAAAAAAAUCACAUUGUAAUUCUCAUAAUCAAGAAUCUGUUAGUGAUGAUAAUGAAGAUGAACUGCUUGAUGCAAAUGAAGAUUUAGAUGUCUUUGAAGAAGGAACUGAUAAUUCAAUUAACAGAACUGAAGAUUGGGUAGAACUUAUUCAAAAUUGGAUGAAUAUGAUUGAUGAUAAUGAAGAUAUUUAUGACCCUUUAGAAUUUAUAUUUGUAGAUCAUACUAUACAUCCUGUUGAUGAUCCAAUUGCCUAA